GGUCUUUUGUGUUUACGUUUUUCAAAUUUAAACACAUCUUUACACGUGGUUUAUUGUUAUUGUAUUAAGUAAUUUUAAAUUGAUUCUUUCUUGUAUUGUAAUCGUUUUAAAAUGGCCACCGAUUUUCCAAAACUUAUCCUUGUUUUUAGUGGUAAGAGGAAAUCUGGAAAAGAUUAUAUUACUAAUAUUCUACAUAAAAGGAUUGGAGAGAAAAACUGUGCAUUAUUAAGGCUUUCUGCACCUUUAAAAGAACAAUAUGCUAAGGAUCACAACCUUGACUAUAAUCGACUUCUAGAUUCUAGUACCUAUAAAGAAAAUUAUAGACUCAGCAUGAUUAGAUGGAGUGAUUCUAUAAGGGAAAAGGAUCCAGGAUAUUUUUGUCGUCUCUCCAUUGCCCAGAAUGGAGCAAAAGAAAAGGCAGUUUGGGUUAUUUCUGAUGCUCGAAGGAAGACAGACUUAGAUUUCUUUAAAAAGACUUAUCCCGAAGUAACAUAUCUAGUGCGAAUAUUUGCAUCCGAAACGACGAGAAGAUUACGUGGUUGGGAAUUUACAAAAGGAGUGGAUGAUGUUGCAUCAGAAUGUGACUUGGACGAUGUAGAAAAUUGGGAUUAUAUAAUUUCUAACAACAGUGACAACAAAGAAUUAGAGAAGUGCCUAUCAUUAAUAUUUGACAAAUUAAUUCAACCACUAAAUCUGGAAGAUAGCUGUGAUUCUUGAAUUUUGUGGCUCCAGUAUUAUUGAAUGAUUUAGUUUAUUUUAUAUUAUUUGUACAGUGAAACCUGUGUAAAUCAGAAUUGCGCAAUACCAAAUUAUUUUUUCUAUUUUGAACAGGUUUUAAUAUUGUAUUCUUUAAACUAAACCAGAUGAAUGUAACACAGUUACAUUCAUUUUUUAUAGUAAAAUCAAUUUAAUGUGUGUAAAACAAUUUUGUUACUGGCAUAAUCCAAAAUGAUUCCGACUAAAGAUGGGAGUAUUCAAAUCCAAGAAUUGAGUACUGUUCAAUUGCAAAAAGUUAAUGUUAUUUUCCUAAAUUUGUGCUAAGUAUUUAAAUACUUUUAGGAUGUGAUCCUCAUGAACUUACACAACAGCAAACAAGCCAAUUUGAGUAACAAAAAUUAGUGUAUUGCUCUGCUGAAUUUUAAUUACAUUACAGGAAUACACAGACCCAAAUUAUUCUGUAAUCUGACUUCUCAAAGAAUACUCUAAGUAGCCACUUACUUGAAUCUCUGUAAUUAUUAACAUACUAAUCAACUUGUUUUUGAAUACUCAAUACUAGUUAGUUAAUAACUACUCCAUACAAGACAAAUUAGCAGUAUUGUGCUAUCAUAUUCUCAUUUUUUCACAAAUUACAUCCAUUGCUUGUUCUCGAGAACUCUGUUCUUAGAAACUCAUUUGAUUCCUGAAAGUAUUCGAUUCUGCCCCUGGUUAAUGUCAACAAAGACCUUAGUCCAUAUGUUCCCUUGUCACGUGACCUUCUUUUCUCUAACAAGUUUUCGAUUCAUUGUAAGAAUAUGGUUUGUCGUGCUCUAUGAUGAUCAUUAUACCUGUAGGUAAUUUUACUUAUUUGUCUACUUAAUUUUACACUUUAUCCUAGUUAAGUUACAUUUUUCAUACAUUCAAACCCAUUCCAUUUCCACAUAGGACAAGUUUUCAUCUUACAAUAAAAUUUAACAAAGAUCACUACACUCCAAUGAAUUUUUUCUGUUUAGGCAGGUUUCCCUUUUACUCAGAUUCCAUUUUAGAUAGGGUUUACUGUAUUCAUUAUAUACAUAGUUAUUUUUUAUAUAUGCUAGCUUUUGUUAUUGAUGUCUAUAUUCAAAUAAAAAUUGUGAAGUAUAUCUAUUUUAAGAUUAACGUUUGCAUAAUAAUA